CAGGCCCAAAGGCCACCACAGCAGCAGCAGAGGGACAGACAGCAGGCCCGUGUUUAUGCAGUUGAUCAGGCAGAGGCAGAACAACACCCAGGUACCAUGUUUGGGAUGCUUAUGAUUAAUGACAUUCCUGUCUUUGCCUUAUUUGAUACUGGAGCGACUCAUACUUUUAUAUCACGACGAUGUCUCGAUGCUAUCGGAGUUCAUGUCAGUACCAUUGUCGAUCCUCUCGAGGUGAGUUUAGCCUCGGGACGAAAGAUAGUGACUUCAGCCAGAGCCACUGACCUCAGUCUUUCUAUCGGUGGUCGUAUAUUGUCUACCGAUGCUUAUGUUCUCGAGAUGAGGGACUUUGACCUCAUACUCGGCAUGGAUUGGCUAACACAUUUUCAUGCAGAUAUCCGAUGUCAUGACCGGGAGAUUACCCUUUAUCUUCCGGGAGAUGAUCAGAUCACUUUCUUCAGCACUAAGACUCGUUCCUUACCUCAUGUCAUUUCUAUGGCGAAAGCCAUGAAGAUGUUGCGACGAGGGAACUGUCAGGGUUAUCUCGUCAGCCUUGUCGAUGAUUCUCCAAAAGCACGCUCACCUCAUGAUGUUCCUAUUGUUCGUGAGCUU